ACAUUUUAGAGAAGAGGAAGCUAUUCUUUCGAUUUAAACAGCUCUUUGGAAAAAAAAAUAUAUAGGCCUAACCUUAGCCUACCUCUCACAACUUCCCACUAACUUUUUGCAAUUGUAUGAUUACCUGCUACUGUAGAGCAGGUCUUCAAAUCAUAACUUCUACUGAAGAUGCAUAAGAGAUAUCACUAUGCUGAUUUGGGUUGGGCAGUGUAUGUGAUGGCCAGUUUAGCCCUAUCCGAUAGUCUACUAAUAAUCCAAGCAGAAUGCAAUGAAGAUGUCUCUAUGAAGUGUGAAGCUGUCCAGGAUAAGAGCUACCGAUCUGUUACAUGGUAUAAGAUUUCCCCGACCUGCUGGGUUUGGACCAAUGGACAGUCUAGUUCUUCCCAGAGUCAGGCCGAGGAUGCAGGGACAUAUCAGUGUCUCCUCAGGGCCAACAUAGGACAGACUAACAGAGAUUCAAAGGUCACCCUCAAUGUAUCUACAGAUUGUGUGAUCCAUACUACAGUGGCAGUGACAGCAUGGCAGAACGUGACAUACACUACCCCAAUGUGUCCCAUACAAUUGGUUGAGGUCUCUGUCAUAUGGACUUCAUGUGGAUUCUUGAUUCUGGGCCUUGUCAAAAUCGCUCUGUGUCUCAUCUCUAUGGGGGUUGUUCGAAACAUCAAGAGGAGUCAUAGCAGGAGAAAAAAACAACAACAGUGGUAAAGAAAAGCUUGUCACAAACCCACGUUCUGAGCGCAGCGGUCUCAAGAACUGCUGGAUUGUUAGGUCUCUGGACACAUUUGUUAAGCUGCGUUAACACAUGCAGACCAAUUCUGAUUUUUUUCCCCGAUCACAUCAGAUCUUUUCACAUCAGAUAUUUUUCAGCACUGAUUGAAUUGGUCAAAAAUAUCAGAAUUGGGCUACCUGUGUAAACACAGCCCUAGAGAGUUCACUAUGUCACCUGGAUAAAAUUUUACAUUUGUGACAGAUGUAAUCACUUAAAGUAAAACCAAACAAUGUAAUGAAAGGUGUAAAUAUCUGCUUCAAAUAUAUUUCUGCUUUGUUUUGCUAAAAUCUUGCAGUAAUACCCUGAGCAGCUUUCCAGCAAAUGCAGUUCUGUAUACUUAUUGUAGACCCUACUUAUCACAGACUACCGUAUCGAUUUUAUUCUGCCAAUACCAGAGUUGAUGAGUGAAGAUGCAUUGUUUUGAUUUUCCUUCCAACCACUUUGUGAAAACUUUGAUGCUGAUGAGGUAUGAUUCAUGUCCAGAAUAGCCAGUAGCCCCUGCUGAUUGUGCCUUAUUGAGUAAACUCAACGCUGUUCAAACAGCAGGAUGCUGUGAGGACAACUUAGGGCAGGGGUUCUCAAACUUCUUUAGCCCACAACCUAAUUUUCAUAUCUGAAAAUUCUUGCAACCCCAAUCAUGUGAAAAAAUAUGUAAAAUUAUGUAAUUAACAGCCAAUGUUUACUUUUUGACUUUUUGACUUUGCUCUGGCAGUCAAUUGAAUAACAUUCUAACAGUAUUUGUCACGCCUUGGUCUUAGUAUUUUGUGUUUUCUUUAAUUAUUUGUUCAGGCCAGGGUGUGACAUGGGGUUAUUGUAUUGUCUUAUUGGGGUGCUUUGUAGGCAUUGGGAUUGUGGUUGAUUA